UCCCGGUUCCAGCCCCCCCGCCCCCGGCCGCCCGGCCGCCCCCGCCGCCGCCAUGGGGUGCACGCUGAGCGCCGAGGAUAAGGCGGCGGUGGAGAGGAGUAAAAUGAUCGACCGCAACCUGCGGGAAGACGGCGAGAAGGCGGCCAAGGAGGUGAAGCUGCUGCUGCUCGGUGCUGGAGAGUCUGGGAAAAGCACCAUUGUGAAACAGAUGAAGAUUAUCCAUGAGGAUGGCUACUCAGAGGAGGAAUGCAAACAGUAUAAAGUGGUUGUGUACAGCAACACCAUCCAAUCCAUCAUUGCCAUCAUCAGAGCCAUGGGGAGGCUAAAGAUAGACUUUGGGGAAGUUGCCAGAGCAGACGAUGCCCGGCAGCUGUUCGUGCUGGCUGGCAGUGCCGAGGAGGGAAUGAUGACAGCUGAGCUGGCUGGAGUCAUCAAACGCCUCUGGAGAGACCCUGGAGUGCAGGCCUGCUUCAGCAGAUCCAGGGAGUACCAGCUGAACGAUUCUGCAUCCUAUUACCUAAAUGACUUGGAUAGAAUAUCCCAGCCGACCUACAUUCCAACUCAGCAGGAUGUGCUGCGGACCAGAGUGAAAACUACAGGAAUUGUGGAGACUCACUUCACCUUCAAGGACCUGUAUUUCAAGAUGUUCGACGUGGGAGGGCAGCGCUCGGAGCGGAAGAAGUGGAUCCACUGCUUCGAGGGGGUGACUGCCAUCAUCUUCUGUGUGGCCCUGAGUGACUAUGACCUGGUGUUGGCUGAGGACGAGGAGAUGAACCGGAUGCAUGAGAGCAUGAAACUCUUUGACAGCAUCUGUAACAACAAGUGGUUCACAGACACCUCCAUCAUCCUCUUCCUGAACAAGAAAGACCUGUUUGAGGAGAAGAUUAAGAAGAGCCCACUGACAAUCUGCUACCCAGAGUACACAGGCUCCAACACGUACGAGGAGGCAGCCGCCUACAUCCAGUGCCAGUUCGAGGAUCUGAACCGGAGGAAGGACACCAAGGAGAUCUACACCCACUUCACCUGCGCCACCGACACCAAGAACGUCCAGUUCGUCUUCGACGCCGUCACCGACGUCAUCAUCAAAAACAACCUCAAGGAGUGUGGGCUCUACUGAGAGGUAACUGCAGCUCGGGGUGUCCUGCUGGGAACAGCUCUCUCUGCUCCCUUCUACAUUCCUGGUUUCCUCCCCAGUGUUUCUGCCUGGUGAGCCCCAGCCUUUUGCUGCCUCGUGGGGACAGCGACGAGCGUGACCCAGGAGCAGAGAACAUGUGGAAUCCUGGAAUUCUUUAGCACAAUCUUCUGUCUUAGGGACCUUUUAUUGCUGUGGGAUGUGGAAUUAGGGCACGGUGAAGCCACGUAGUGGGAGUAGAUCCUCCUGGCAUCGUUGGACGGCGUGGUCUCCGGGAUGUGCGGUGGAUUCCAGCUGGAUUCCAGACCUUGGAUAUGUAGCUUUCUCUCUUCCUUUGGUUAUCAAGCCACCACUAGUCUGUUUUUAAGGUUAUUUUUUUUUUCCAUCGAGAAAACUAUAACUUUACUAAACUUUAUUUCUUUAUUUGCAAACCUUGUUUUAAAAAUAAUAAUAAUUAAAAAGCAACAAAAAAAAAAUCACUUAACUAUGCACAUGUGAGCAGAUCCUGCAGAAAAUAUUCCUCUUAGCAGGAAUUCCUUGUUUUUAACACUUGCUAUGGCCAGGAUUUAAUAUUUCUGCAGCUACUAAGGGAUCCUUAGACCUUCAGCUUUUUUUCCAUGUGUGAUUUGUUACCAUCCUGCUCCCCCCAGGCUUUGGGAAAGGCUCCUGCAGCAGAAGGAGGGUUUAGGUUCUGUUGGGGGUUUGAGCCCAGUUUUAUGCCAGUAUGGGAAGGGAUUUGUGCUCAGCAUAACCUUGGCUCAGUGGGGAGAGGAGCUGAGCCCUCGCUGGGGGGGAAUUUGCUGCUUCCCAGGUCCCAAACCACUGAUUCCUGUGCAUUUUUUGGGAUAAAAACGGUGAAUUAUUCUGUGCUGCCUUUCCCAUGGCCCUCCCUGCCCAGCCCUGUCCUGAGCAUGCCUUUACUUUGUCUGUGUGGUGCCAAAUCCCUGUUUCCCUCUAGUGCCAUCCCUAACCAGUCCUACAUUCCUUUGCUGAUCCAUGAUUGCAUCCAGACUCCUCCCAGUUUGUCAUGUGUACAGUUGGAUCUGUUAGACUUGUUGGCAGUAUUAAAAUGGUGAGUAAAGAUUGUA